AAGGUGCUCGGUCCUUCUGAGGAAGCUAAGGCCGCAUUGGGGUGUAGGCCCUCACUUCAUCUGGCGACUGCACCAUGCCCGGCAGCCCCUGCCUAGCACUCGCCCGCACCAUGGCCUCCGACUCAGCGCUCACCUGCACCUACUCGGGGCUCAUCCUGUCCGACAAUGAGGUGACAGUCACCGAGGAUAAGAUCAAUGCCCUCAUUAAAGCAGCCAGUGUAAAUGUUGAACUUUUCUGGCCAGGCUUGUUUGCAAAGGCUUUGGCCAGUGUCAACAUCGGGAGCCUCAUCUGCAAUGUGGGGGCAGGUGGACCCGCCCCAGCGUCUGGGACUGCACCGGCAGGAGGUCCUGGCCCCUCCACCACUGCUGCCCCAGCUGAGGAGAAGAAAGUGGAAGCAAAGAAAGAAGAAUCUGAAGAGUCUGAUGAUGACAUGGGCUUUGGUCUUUUUGACUAAACCUCUUUAGUAACACGUUCAAUAAAAAGCUGAGCUCUUAAAAAAGAAAAAAGAAAAUUGCGUUAAAAGCUAAUUGUAUGGGAAGAGUGUAGCAGUCAGGAAGCACAGGAUUAAAAUGAAUGCCAGAGAUCAGGAAUUUUAGGGGUCUAAAUUCCAGGGCAGAAAAAUGAACCUGAAUGGGGUUUCUUUUUGGAGUGAUGAAAGUAUUCUGGAAUUAGAAAGUGGUGAUGGUUCCUAAACUUAUGAAGAGACUAAAGCCAUUGAGCUGUAUACUUUAAGAGGACAGAGUUUAUGGUAUAUGAAUUAUUUUGAAAAAAUGACCCUGACUGUGGGGAAAAUGAUAGCUCAGGGCCAUCUGGCAUAGGGUAGGAACCCAACCAGGGUGAGUAGUGCACCUGUGUGCAGGGUGGCAAUGAGCAGCGGUGAGAUUUGUUACAUGUAGGGGGAUAGAUUAAAUAAGUAUAGUAUUAAAUAAGGAAAACAAGAACCAGAUUUUUCACUAUUGGAGAACAGAGUUAUAACUUUGGAAAGGAAGAAGUCUAGAAUUAACCCUAUGGUAUUGAAUUGGAAUUGGAGCAUCUUUGUGAACAUUUAGAGUGUAUGUUUGUAUAUGGAUUUACAAAUAAAAAUGAAUAUAGAGUUGUGUGUAUGUAUAUAAGUGUAUGAGCAUACUGCCUAACUCUGUCGACAGAGUGGA